UCGUGCGGUACCUGGGGGCCCGGCUCGGGGCUGCCCGCGGUCUUCGGAGAGCCUGUUCCAGCGCUGGGAGCUGGAAGUUCGUGCGAGGGGAAGUGGAAGCGGGGUUGGGGGGUGCUGCCGCCCGCCCCGGUGCUCUCGGUUUGCGGCCAUUUUUCUUGUCUCACCCCUGGAAGGAAAAAAAAAAAACCCUAAAAAACCCAACAACCUACAAGUGCUGGGCCCGGUCUGCGCUGCAGGCUGAUCCCUGCCUGCCAGAACUGAGGAGCCUUUCCCUGCCCACGGGCCUUCCAGCCGGUCUCCAGCCACCAGUUUUCCUUAAAAAAAAAAAAAUGCUCGUAGAGACAUUAUUGCCCUUGAGGUUUCUGUCCGUGCCCAAGUGUUUGAAAUUAGUCGCUGUGAAGAGGCAGAUGGCACAACCGUGCGUGCCGUGUUUCCUUUGGAAGCCGAGCUAAAUGCUGAUGGGUAGGAAUGAGCAGAAAAUAGGAGGCAUCGAAGCUUGCAAGAUUUUUCUGCACUUGAGAAAGUUACUUGGAUGAUCUUCAAUGCUGAUGAGGCCCACAACAUAGUUAAGGAGUGCAUAGAAAGUGUUUUAGGCAAGGCGGAUUAUAAUCACAACAAAGUCAACCAGUGGACUGCUGCUAUAGUAGAACAGUCGCUGACACAUCUGGUAAAACUCGGAAAAACAUACAAGUACAUUGUAACCUGUGCGGUGAUGCAGAAGAGUGGAGCUGGUCUUCACACAGCAAGCUCAUGCUUCUGGGAUACUACAACUGAUGGAACCUGCACAGUGAGAUGGGAAAACCGAACAAUGAACUGCAUUGUCAAUGUGUUUGCUGUUGCUAUUAUCCUGUAGCUGACUGGAAGAUAAAUAUAAGCAACACCGAAGCCUUUAAAAAAAAAAAAAUCAUCCAAACACAU